CUGGCGGAUGUGGCGUCACAGGUACGGAGCCACACUGUUUACAAAUGCCGAGUCCUGAGGCGCAGCUGCAAGUUCACGUCGUAAAAUCCAUCAACUUACCCUGCGAGUGAAUGAGUGUCUUGAAACGAGGGGAGCUUGUUGGAACGCGUGAUGGCGGAUCCCGCUGUGGCAUCAGGAGCUUCGCUGGCUGCUGGCGGGCGUGCAGUUGGCAAUAAAGCCGCUAGCAGCCCAGUGGAGAACUACCAUCUGGCUCGACGGCGGACCCUGCAGGUGGUGGUGAGCGCCCUCCUGACAGAGUGUGGCUUCGACUGUGCAGAAAAAGCAGCAGUAGAAACGCUCACCGAGAUGAUGCAAAGUUAUAUAACAGAAAUUGGUCGCUGUGCUAAGUCGUAUUGUGAACACACAGCCAGAAGCGUCCCAACUCUCUCGGACACUGUGGUGACACUUAUUGAAAUGGGAUUCAAUGUUGAGACACUGCCCGUUUAUGCCAAACGCUCCCAGAGGAUGGUCAUCACUGCACCUCCAGUUACCAACCAUCCAAUGACUCCCAAAGCGCUGUCGGCCGGACAAAAGCGCACUCACCCGCCUCACAUCCCCAGCCACUAUCCUGAGUUCCCCGACCCACACACCUACAUCAAAACUCCCACAUUUCGGGAGCCUGUGUCGGACUACCAGGUGGUCCGCGAGAAAGCGGCGACUCAGAGGCGGGACGUAGAGCGAGCGCUCACGCGCUUCAUGGCCAAGACCAGCAAAACCCAGAGCCUCUUCAAAGACGACAUCACCUCCUUCCCCCUGAUCGCGGCACAGCCGAGCGCCAUCCCCUACCUCGGCGCCCUCCUGCCCUCCGAACUGGAGCUGCAGACGCUGGAGGAAACGGACUCGUCGGAGCAAGACGACCAGACGGACGGCGAGAACGCCGCCGGGAACAUCAUGAGCGAUGAUGCGGCGGUGGACAAAGAGAACGCCCUGCUUCCUCCAGGCGGCGUCAUUCCGUCCACCAAAAGCAGUGAGGACAACGUGAUCGACAACCCGUACCUGAGACCCGUCAAGAAGCCCAAAGUGAGGAGGAAGAAAUGAGCCAUCCUUUGGACUUUUUCUCCCCGUUGCCAUGGAAACCUGGAAUCUUCAACUCAACAGAACUUUGUGUUUGAUUCCAUCUUUUUUUUUUUUCUUCAGUUCUAGGAGCACUUGUUUCAAAGCAUCGUUUUGUCAUUUUGUGUUACACAGCAGGUAUUUUGUGAAUAAACGUUUGUUCUUUUUAAUUA